GGUGACUCCAGAGCCAGUGCUUAAGACAAGAGCUAUGAUCAGAGUGGUUCUUGCUCGCCAGUGAAUUGAGGAGUCUGCUGUACUGGGUAUCUAAAGACUAUGUCUCUACCCCUGAGGAGUAACAGCACAUACAAGCCAGAUGAUGGUGCCACACUACAGUAUGCACCAGAAAUCAUUGGUUCCUUAAUUAUCUUCAUUCUCACCUUUAUCCUGGGCCUCCUGGGCAAUGGCUUGGUGAUCUGGGUGGCUGGCCUGAAAAUGAAGCGGACCGUGAACACUGUGUGGUUCCUGCACCUUGCCAUCGCCGACUUCCUGUGCUGCAUGUCUCUGCCAUUCUCCAUCAUUCACCUGAUCCUCCAUGAGUACUGGCCAUAUGGCCACUUCCUCUGCAAGGUUAUCCCAUCAGCCAUCAUCCUCAACAUGUUUGCCAGCGUCUUCCUCCUCACUGCCAUCAGCAUUGACCGGUGCCUGAUGGUGAUGAAGCCAGUUUGGUGUCAAAACCACCGUAACGUGAGGCUUGCAACAGUAAUGUGCAGUUGUAUCUGGCUCUUGGCCUUCAUUAUGUGUUGUCCUGCAUUCCUCUACCGUGAGACCGUCGAAGAUGAAAAUGGCAAAACUGUUUGUAGUUAUCAAUUUGGAGAUGAUAGGGAUUAUGUGGAUUAUGGGAAUGAUUCAGCCAUGAGCUCUGGCAUGUCCCAAGAUGAAUAUUCUGGUGGUUUCUCCAGCACUGAUAAUCCUGGCACCUUUUACAAUGAUACUAUCUUAUUCGGGAACUUGAAUGAUUACUUCAACAUCAGUCUGUCCAUCAGUAUUACCAGGAUUGUCUUUGGCUUCCUCCUUCCCUUUAGCAUAAUGGCAGUUUGCUACAUCCUUAUAGUCAUCAAGAUGCAUAGAGCCCAAUUUACCAAACCCCGUGGUAAGACCCUGCGAGUGAUCCUGGUUGUGGUGGUUGCCUUCUUUGUCUGUUGGGCUCCAUUCCAUGCAGUUGGGGCACUGUCUCUCCUAGCUAUGCCAGGCACUGGAUUUAGGGAGGCAGUGACACUGUGGGACCACCUCUCUACAGCACUGGCCUAUGCAAACAACUGCAUCAACCCUUUGCUCUAUGUAUUUGUGGGGCGGGACUUCAGGCAGAAGGCACGCCAAUCAGUGCAGGGCAUCUUGGAGGGCAUCUUCAGUGAGGAAAUUACACGCUCCACUUCCUACUCACGGGACAGGACCAAGACUGCAGCAGACAGAGAUAUCAGCAGCAACACCCUCUAAAAUGGGACUUCCAGACAGCACUGCCAGAGCAAGGAGGGAAGUUUGCACCUUCCAUGACAGUGACUUUUUGCUUUAGGUCAGCAGAGCCAGAACAAUGAGUUUGACGAUGUGUGGUGGAUUAUGUAGUUACUCCUUUGACAUUACUAAAUAAGAAUGUGGUUGCAGAAUAUCUAUGUUCUACAUUUAUUGAGCAUGUAUCACAUCAUCUGUACCUGCUAAAUUACAGGGAGAAGUUACUUCGACAUUUCUCCUUGGAAUUUGUCAUUAUACCUUUCCCCACCCUUAACUCUGCUUCAGCUGGGACCCUGAACUUUUUUCACAGCAGUGCCCAGCAGGAGUGUCCUCUGGGAAUUCUAGUUUUCCUCACAACAGUGCAUUGUAGCAGACAUCCCCUACCUGCUCAUCAGCAUUGGAAGCUGUCUUUCAGGCCAGUAUUCCUAGGAUCUUUCAGUUUCAGUUAACCAUGGCCUUCCUCCCUACUAUUCCUGUCCCCAAAGGGCCACUUCUCUUAUUUUCAUGGCAGCUCAAGGAGAGUUUCUACAUUGCAGCUAAUAUAUCACUGCACAGAAUCAGUAACUGGGGCUUAAGGGGCAAUUUUCUGAAAAACAAACCUCCUGCUGUAGACAUGGGUUCAUUAGAAAUAGGACCCUCCUUUAUGGCUUUAGAAGGUCCCCUUGAUAUUACAGCUUGAGAUACAGUGAUGAGGCAAUUGAGGUAGAUUCCACCAAUUAU